AGCGAGCUUCUUCAACUAUGUCGAGCAAGUAAAUGCUCAUGUAUCAUUGUUUGCACGUUCAGUGAUAAGUAUUUGACAAAUUUUGAAUAAACACUUGGUGGACGUGCGGUCGAUUGAUAAAGAAACAGUCCAUGUUGUAUCGAUUAGCAUAUCCGCGCGCGAAAAUCGCCAUGUUAUGAUCAUGCGUUGGCAUAAGAAACUAGGAAUUUAAUGUUGAAUAAAAGCACGAAAGUGGACCGCGAUAAGGGGAAACGAUGCCGAAUUGUGGCGGCCUGUUCAGACUCAUUCGGCGGCGCCUUGUACUUGGAUUAAUCUUCGCUUUUUCGCUUACCUACUGCGCUUUCUCGCUCCUUCGCAACGAGAGGAAGACGUUAGCUUUGGAUAAUGAUCUUGAUGACAUGGACCCCAUGAUGAUCAAUGAUAAUAACGAUGAGUUGAUUUCUGAUGAUGAUGCAUUAUCAGAGCAACUGAAGGCAUCUGGUAAACCACCGCUAUGGCAGAUGGCAGUUGUCGAUCAAGGGGCAAAUCAGAAUGCAUUGAACAUGGAAGCAAAUUUAAAUGAUACCGAUACUGUAAUUCAUCCUUGUCGUAAUUCUGUUCAGGGCAAAGUUCUGAUAGUAGAUGAACGUGGCAUUGUAUGCUCUAGACAGGAAAUUUUGCCAAAUGGCUGCUGUAAUAUAGAACAAAACGUAAAAAAUGAGGAAACGUCGACCAUAGCCAAGAGAGAGAGGUAUAGCUGUAAAACCUGUAAUGCCCAGGGGUGCUGUGCUAUCUAUGAGUAUUGCGUUUCUUGCUGCCUGCAUCCUGGCAAGCAAAUAAAGGGGAGAAAGGAUGUGCUGUUAGGUUUGCUUAGAGACAAUCACAAAGCGCACAGGGACCAAGACGUGGUGAAGAAACGACUACGGAAUUUAGAUCGCUUUCAAGUUUGUCUGGCUGCAUGCCGCACGUCGAGCGCGAGCGUCCGCCACGAGAACACCUACAAAGAUCCGCAUUCGAAGCAUUGUUAUACGCUUCAAUCACCGUACACGCAUCAAAGACACCGGCGAGAUCUUGAUUCGAUUAAUAAUAAUGACGACAACUCUGUUGUCGUUGCAUCUUUUUCUGUCAUGCCGUUACUUACCUACCUCUCUCCCUCUUGCCUAAUCGUACACGCAAACAACGACUCGCUCCUAAUACCGCGCGACUAUUACCCCCUGUUGUUGCUCAAUCAUUAGUCUCACGUUCAACCACCAUGAA